AUGAAACCUUAUGAAAAGCGCGACACGGAUGGUAAUCAUUUCUACGUUACUGGUUUUAUUUUGAUUUAAACUACUUUUUUCUUUUUUUUAUUACCAAGUCAAAGGAUACAUUCGCGUCAUGGAAGCCACAAGAAAACAUUUGCUGAAUUUGCGAAAGAUAAUUGAUAAUUGGGAAUAUUUAAAUAUUCAGAAGCAACGUAUGGAAAUGUUAAAAGCUUUGUAUAAAAUGCUAGACACAAAAGAGUAAGUCUACUAAGUUAUUUAUUUCCUCCGUUGAAUAUUCUUAAAUUUUGAUGUUUCUAUUCGGCGUGGUUCUAAAUUUUUAAUUUCUUCAAGAUUAACCUAGCCCGUUUUUCUUGGUUUUUACGAGUGAUGUUUGUAGUGAAACGAGCGUAAUAUUUGGUUGCUUUUCACUAUAAAAAUAUAACUGCAAUAAAAAUUACACGUUUACUUGAUCAUACUUUCAGUUAAUAAUCUUGUUAAUAUUAUAUUUAAAUAUACAUAUAAGUUAGAGAAAUACAAUUUAACAUUUUGUUCAUUUUGUUAUUUUUUUUAACACUUAGUUAUGUAAAGGUUUUGUAUUUAUUAUAUUUGAUUCUUUGCACAAUAUUUAUUAAAUAAUAAAAUCCAAAAAAUAAUUUUUCACUUUUAUUUUUAAUAUAUUAAUAUAACUAAGUUUAUCUUAAUUCAUUAUUAAAAUCAGUGUUUAUAGUUUUAAGCUUGCAUACUGUUUAAAGUAAAUUCAUAAUGUACAUAUAUUUAUUUAUAAUUAUGUAAACCACAUGCUCUAAAUUUGUAUUUAUGAAAUUUGUUUAUAAAAACCUUAUGAUGUUAAACUACAAAUAUUUGGCUAUGCAAUAAUUAAAAACACAAUAAGUAAAUUUAAUUGAAUUUACUAUUAAAUUUCAAUAAAAAAAUUUAAAUUAAAACUGAAUCACAUUUAACUAUAUAUAAUUAUGUUAGUAGAACCUAAUCUAGUUUUGUUUUAAUAUUUUAUAGUUUCAAAUUUAACCAGCUAUACAACAUUUGAUUGUUAUAUCUUUCUUAUAUUCACUUGCUUUUUUUUUUUGUUGAUGUGCAGUACUGAUUUUGCUGAGGAUUCCGAACAAAAAAAAUUAUUUUGUUAGAGUGAAAUAAUUCACUUUUGUUACAGAACUAAUCACUUUUUUUACUUUUCAAGUUUGUUAUAGAAUAUCACUUUCAAUUUCUUUUUGUUCUCAAAUGUAAUUUUGUAAAUGUUUGGUUUUUUUCAAUAUUGUUUACCUCAAUUAUUGAAAGUCUAUUGUGUAAACUUAGUUCUGUUUCGAAUCCCUUAGUAAUACAGGUACUACAAUAUUUACCAUAUUUGAAGAUACGAAUUAAAUUUAUAAGUAUAAAUAUUAUUUAUAUAAGUAACAACUUAAUUGGUAUGUAUAAAAACACUGANAAAUAUUUAAUAAAUCAUGUGCUUAUGAAUAAAAUAUAAUACAUAUAAUCCUUCAUCUAACAAAGUAAUGAGAACAAUGAAAAAGGACGAACUGGAAUAAUGGGCACAGGUGCAGCUAUUGUUAUGGGUAAUAUAAUAUUUACCUGUAAGCAAUAAAAAACCAUUGCUUACGAAAAACGAUUCUGAGCGGAGUUCAGUUGAUAGUGAUGCAUUGUCAAUAAUAUACAUACAUACCAUAUUGUAGUAAAAUAAUUAAAUAGGCUUUAUAUAUUUUCUUUAAUUAUAUUUACUUAAUAUUGUACUGAUUUUCCAGUUUUCCUAAGUUUUCCCAGUGUUCCCAAAUUUCAUCUAAUUUUUCAUGACCUCUUCACAUCGAUUCCCUAACAGAAAAUGUGCAACACAAAAACCGGAUCAAGAUAUCAGGUAGUAAUGUUAGCUUUACUCAGAAUCAAUAAAAAAAGAGUGUUAAAUUUUGGAAUGAAUAGCUCACAUCUACUAUUGGGAGGUUUUAAUUAAAUAAGUUAUACCUACAUACACCUUUUAAAAAUCUCAAAUUUAAUACUGACAUCUGCUAGAACAUUUUGAUGUUAGGUUGAUUUUCUUUUUAUUAGAAAACUUUAUUAGGGUAAUUGAAUGCAGAGUUUACUAUUUUUCUUAGUAAAGGAAAUAGUUAUUUUAUUCUCUUAAAUUAAUCCUUAUCAUAUUAUAAUAUGCCAUAUGAUGUUUAUGUAUUUAUAUAAAAUUUAAUUUUUUUUGUCUUUCAGGUUGUCAAUAUCCAAACUCUCAACUUGUGAACAAAUUAUAAUAAAAUUGUCAAAAAUCUAUCACAAAUUUCUUGAGAAAGAGGUAAACUAUAUUACUCCAAAUUAAAAAUGUAUUGUUAAUUUAGUAUUAUUCAUUGUUUAAGUAUACUUUUAACUAUGUUGAACAUAUUUAAUUUAAUAUAGAUUUAUUGGGUUUAAUAUAAUAUUAAAAUUUGUUUAUAUUAGAGAUGAGUAUCAUCAAACUUGUUUCAUAUUUAUUAAGUUAUUUUUAAAAUACUUUUAAUUUUUUUUUUUAUAUAAUCUUCAAUAUUUAUCAUAUUUAACAAAAUCAAAUUUCUUUUUCUAGUGCAAAUUGGAUGCCAAGAAUAAUAAUCAAUUGAAUAAAUGUGAAAACAAAACUAAGUACAUACUAAAUUUUAUAAACUAUUAUAUUAUCUCAUUAUUAACUGUCUCAUAUUUAUUACAAAAUACAUGUAAUUAUCUUUUGUUUUAGGAGUUCAUCAGAAAUAAAUAUGACAUGGAAAACAAUUGAUCUAAAACUGGAUAAUAUGUGGAAAAAUUCUGAAUAUAUGGACACAUUAGGUAAUUUGGAUAAUUUUACUCAUAAUUAUCAAAUUAAAAGUGUUGAUUAUGAUUUAAAGAGAAAGAACGAAGGAGUUUACAAAGUUAAAGAUGCAACACUACCUGAAUUUCCAAAUAGUCUUUUACAGGUUAAUAAUCUUAUUGGUUUAGCAGCUAUAGAAAAAUUUGGUACAGCUGUUGAAUCUGUCUCAAAUAAUUUAUCACUACACCAACAACCACAAUUUAUUAUUCCUACAGUAUUAAGUAAAUCAUCUACUGUCCCUGAUAAAUUAAAUACUGACAUAAAUGCAUUUCAUAAAAUUGGUUCCUCAAAUGAUCCUAAACAAAAGUUAAUCACUCCUCUAAAAACAGACAUUCCGAUUGAUCAUACAAAUUCAAAAGUGAAUCGUUCUCCAUUGCUCAUGGAAUCUAUAAGAUCAGUUGUUUCAAGGGAUCCAAGACUAAUGAAAACAAAAAGACAAAUACAAGAACCUCAGUAUCAAAACUAUAAAGAAUAUAGAGAAGCCAAAUAUGGCAAAGGAAAAUAUUCCAACUACAGCGAUAAAAUAGAUCAAAAAGAAAAAGAUGGCCAAUGUAUUUUGAAUUUGGAAAAUCAAAAAUUCAAAAGUUCAAAUUUAACUGAUGCCAAAGAAUCAACUUAUAGUUUUGGUGUUAAAAAUAGUACAGACAAAAUAAUAAACUAUAAAAUACCAAAAAUUAAACAUAAAGAAGAACCUAUUAUUCAGAACGUGAAAAAUGAUGUGAUAGAAACAGUUAAAAUAAAAAAUAACUUUAGAAUAGAUUCUCUUACUGACACAAAUGAAGACAAUGCCGUGAAAAAUACCUUUGCAAAAGAAAUAAUUACCGAUAGUAAAAUAGAAAAAAAGUUAAAGACCGGAAAAAUUAAUGAUGAUGAUAAAAAAAAAUCAGACAGUGAUAAGAGUCGUGAAAUUAAUCUUAAGAAGUCAGUUAUAAAUAUAGAUAAUAAGUACAUAAAACAAAUUGACAAAAAACAAUGUCAUAUCAUUCAAGAAUCGACUAGGGCAAGAAAACGAAAAAAGUGUUCUGAAGAAAGGGAAGUUGAAAAAAUUAUUAGAGAAGCUUCGAGUUUAAAGGAUGGUAUAUGUGGCCCAAAAAUCAGAACAAGAAGUUCUCUAAAGAAAAUCGGAGAACCUCUAAAAGAGGUAGUGCCGAACAAAAAUAGAUUGUGUUUGGAAAUAAGAGAACGUAGUAAAAAUAUUGAACACGUUGAGAAUGUCAACACUGAGCAAGAUGUUAUUUUGUCUAAAUCAAAAGAAGAAUCCAAAAAGAAGAAAGAAGUUACUUUAAAAUUAAAGGAGUUUUUAAAUGCAAAAGACAAAAAAAAUAUCAGAGAUGAUGAACCCAAAUGUAAAAAUGUGUCACUCGAAGAACAUUCUCAUUUCGAGCUCAACGAAUUGAAUGAGAAGAAAAGAAGAAAACUUAACGGGAAUAAUACUAUUGUUGUUAACAAUUCAUCAAACAAUCAAGAGAGUAAUAAUGCUUUAUUGAAUACAUGUUCAGAUAAUGGUUUUAUCAAAGAAACUAUGGUUAUUGAAAAUUCUAAUUCNGGAAUUAAUUUUGACCAUUCAUCAACUAGUCAAGAUAAAGUUAAAUUAAGCAAACACACAAAAUCUAAAGAAAAUUAUAAAAGUUUUAAAAUAAAAGAUAAAAACUUACCUGAUAAAGAGUUUAAAGAUUUAAAAACUGUAAUGACUAGAUGCGAUAAAAAUAAUAGUUUUACGGAUGGAAAUGAUCAAUUCAAGAUCAGACUUAAUUAUGAAAUUAUUUCCAACGAAAAAGCAAACAAAACAGACUGUAAACCAAAAAAUAAAAAAAUAAAAACUAAUGAGAUUGAAGAAAAAGAUGGUCCGUCUGUUUUGGCGAAACCCCAGAAGAAAGAUCCUAUAAACGAAAAUCCUACACUGGGAAUAUCAACUUUACAAGAUCAAUACAACACUCUUGACCAAAGUUCAGAAAAAAUGACUACACUUCAGUCCAAUGUUAACAAUACAACUGUUAGGAAAAGGACCAAACGCUAUAUUACUGAAUUAGAAAAACUCCGACUUGGCGCUGGUCAAGCGUAUGGUUCUGAUGAUGUGUUACAUGAACGUAGGAUUCGAAAAUGUAGACAAAAUAAAAAAAUCGAUUAUUGUUACACUAAUACUGUAGUAUUAUCCGAAAAAAAUUAUAGUUCCACUAUUGAACAAUUAGAUGAUCAAGCUAAUAUAUCUAUUAGUAAUAAUAAAAAAUCCAAAACUUUUAAAAAACAAACAAAGAAUAAAAAAAAAACUAUUCAAGUGAAAACUUUAAAAGCUUUAACACCAGAAGAUUUUAAGGACAAAUUAUAUUUUCAAACUGUUGAUAACAAGUUGGAAUGCAAAUUAUGCAGUUAUAAUGAUAUAGGACUAAAAAUCGUUCGCCAUUAUAAAGAAGAUCAUUCUGUGGAAGAAAUGUUACCAUCCAGGUUAUCUGUAGACACUGCUGAAAUAUUGAUAAAUGAAUCUGUGAAAGAAAAUUUUGGAAUUUUAAAUGUUCUCGAUUUAAAGCCAUUAAGUGAUGUGGUGCUUGUCAACAUCACUUUGACAUGUGUUUUUUGUUACUCUAUCUUUUAUGAUAUUACGUGCUUUUAUGAUCAUAUUACUUGUCACACUGGUGAAUAUAGAUAUAAUUGUAAAGUGUGCAAAAUGACUUACCCCAACGUACUUGAGUUAGACAAACAUAUUUCAGAGCAUACUAAUUAUGAUAAAUCUGGAGGAAUUUUCCACUUAUCGCAAUCAAAUCCAGUUGGAAGUAAUACAAUUUUUGGUUAUUUAUGCCCGUUUUGUUAUUACAUACAACUUGAUUAUCAAAGAACACUUAACCAUAUGAUAGAACGACAUUUCAAUGAAGAUAAAAAGUUGAAUAGCUAUUGGACUAUCAUACGAGUUAAUAUGUCUAUUGGAGAUGAUAAAUACACAAAUUCCAUAGUGGAUUAUAGCAAUUUGGUUGGAUGUUUACCUCUUAUCUUAAAUGAUAAAGUUAUUUUAAAAGACGAAAAUCAAACACAAAAAACUGGUGUUUCUACAAUAGUUGUGAAAAAUAAACAGGCAAUGAAAAACGCAGGAUCUUCAGGGAUACAUUUGUACAAUGAAGUUGAAGUACAUUUGCCAAAGUUAAAUAUAAAUUCAUUGGUAAAUAAAAUUCGAGGUGAGUAAUUUAUUAUUUAAAAUGCAAACCAGUGAUUUUAUAUUUAUAAAAUUAAAAUAUGAUAUUAUUGUUUUGUUAGCUUGUAAUGAGAAAUUCACUGCUAUAACUGAUGAUCCUACAUUUGAGCAUAAGGAAUACACUUUAAAAUAUAAUUUAAAAAAAUGUAUUGUAGCUGGUUUAAGUUGUGAACUCAUGCAUUCAAUAUUAGUAUAUAAAUGUUCAGCAUCGAAAUGUGAAUAUAAUCCGUUUUCUACAGUAGUUUUAAAUGAGUUGUUUAAACACAUUAAUUUGAAUCAUCAGCUUAUUGUUUGGGAUAGAAAGUGUGACAUGUGCAAACAAAAAGUGGACAAUUUAAAUAAACAGUAUUUAUUAAAAGAUGCUUUGGAACAUAUCAUUUCACACCAUUUGGUUUUAAAGAAAAGCCACCAAUAUAAAAUAAUAU